GUGUGUGUGUGUGCUUGUCUGUGUGUCUGUCGCUUCGUGAUCAACAAACGGAGGCUCGGAAUUAAAUCAUGUCGGACAAAAUCAAAGUAGCCGUGCGGGUUCGCCCGUUCAACCGGCGAGAACUCGAACUCGCCACAGAAAACGUAAUAGAAAUGGAUGGAACACAGACGAUUUUGAAAUAUCCUGCCAGCCUAGACAAGAUGGAAAGGAAACCACCCAAAAUCUUCGCCUUUGAUCACUGCUUCUACUCGACCGAUGCCAACGCGAACAACUUUGCGUCACAGGAGCUGGUCUUCAACAACAUCGGUCGGGACAUUCUGGAGAAUGCGUUCCAGGGCUACAAUGCGUGCAUCUUCGCAUACGGCCAAACUGGCUCGGGCAAAUCGUACACAAUGAUGGGCGGCCAGGACAGCAAAGGCAUCAUUCCGAGGCUGUGCGACGAGCUGUUCGCAUCGAUCGCAGCGAAACAGACGGACGAGCUAAGCUACAAGGUGGAAGUGUCCUACAUGGAGAUCUACAAUGAGAAGGUGCACGAUCUGCUUGAUCCGAAAACUGCCAAACAGUCAUUGAAGGUGCGCGAGCAUAACGUGCUCGGCCCGUAUGUCGAUGGGCUAUCGCAGCUGGCUGUCACCUCAUUUCUGGACAUUGAUAACCUGAUGGCAGAAGGUAACAAAUCGCGUACGGUCGCGGCAACGAACAUGAACUCGGAAUCGUCCCGCUCGCACGCAGUCUUCACAGUCGUGCUGACGCAGACACUAAUCGACACACUAUCCGGGGUAACGGGUGAAAAGGUGUCACGGGUAUCGCUGGUAGAUUUAGCCGGUAGUGAGCGCGCGGUAAAAACUGGAGCCGUCGGAGAUCGGCUAAAAGAGGGCUCAAAUAUCAACAAAAGUCUUACCACGCUCGGUUUGGUGAUAUCGAAGCUAGCGGACAGUACUGGGGGCGGUGGUGGUGGCGGUAAGAACAAAGAUAAAUUCGUGCCGUACCGUGACUCGGUACUGACGUGGUUGCUAAAGGACAAUCUCGGUGGUAACUCGAAGACGGUCAUGUUGGCAACAUUAUCACCAGCGGCCGAUAAUUACGAGGAGACACUGUCCACGCUUCGGUAUGCUGAUCGGGCGAAGCGAAUCGUCAACCAUGCCGUGGUUAAUGAGGAUCCAAAUGCACGUAUCAUCCGUGAGCUCCGCAAGGAGGUGGAAACGUUGCGUGAGAUGUUGAAGCACGCGACGGGCAACAACUUCGGUGACAUGAAGCGCGUCGACAUUCACGAUAAGCUGGCGGAAAGCGAGAACCUCAUGAAGCAGAUCUCGCAAACGUGGGAAGAGAAGCUGGAGAAGACGGAACAGAUCCAAAGCGAGCGGCAGCAGGCGCUCGAGAAGAUGGGCAUCAGUGUGCAGGACAGUGGCAUCAAGGUGGAGAAGAACAAAUACUAUCUGGUCAAUCUGAAUGCCGAUCCGUCACUGAACGAGCUGCUGGUGUACUACCUGAAGGAGGAAACACUGAUCGGUGGCCGAAGCAGUAGCGGCAGCAAGCAGCCCGACAUUCAGCUGCUUGGUCUCGGCAUCCAGCCCGAACACUGUCUCAUCACGAUCGAGGACGGUGAGCUGUACAUGGAACCGAUCGAGAAUGCUCGUUGCUGCGUGAAUGGUUCGGUCAUGAGUGGCAAAACGGCGCUGCACCACGGUGACCGUAUUCUGUGGGGCAAUCAUCACUUUUUCCGCGUAAACUGUCCAAAAUCGGCAACAAACAGUGCGGCGAUGGGUGCUUCGGAACCUCAGACACCGGCACAACACCUCGACUAUUACUACGCGCAGGAAGAAUUGAUGCAGAACGAGUUAAGCAACAAUCCCAUUCAGGCAGCUAUCUCGCGGCUGGAGAAGCAGCACGAAGAAGACAAGCAGGUGGCACUCGAAAAGCAGCGUCAGGAGUACGAGAAGCAGUUCCAGCAGUUGCGAAACAUCCUCUCGCCGACAACACCGUACGCUCCGUACGCACCUUACGAUCCGUUCCGACUUGGAAAGUUGCCACCAAACACACCGACGGGCCAGCUACGCGUGGAGAAGUGGGCACAGGAAAGAGACGAGAUGUUUAAACGAUCACUCGGCCAGCUCAAAACCGAUAUCGUACGGGCCAAUGCGCUUGUACAGGAGGCAAAUGUGCUGGCGGAAGAGAUGGAUAAGCAAACAAAAUUCAGUGUCACGCUGCAGAUACCUCCGGCCAAUCUCAGUCCGAACAGGAAACGGGGCGCGUUUGUAAGCGAACCAGCAAUUUUGGUUCGACGCAUGAACUCAGGCAGCCAAAUCUGGAGCAUGGAAAAGCUGGAAAACAAACUAAUCGAUAUGCGCGACAUGUACCAAGACUACAAGGAGCGCCAUUUGGCUGCAAUGGAGGAAGCGAAAGCAAAGUCGGAUCCGUUUUACGAGUCGCAGGAAAAUCAUAACCUCAUCGGUGUAGCAAACAUUUUCCUGGAGGUGUUAUUCCACGACGUGAAGUUGGAGUACCACACGCCGAUCAUUAGUCAGCAGGGUGAAGUGGCCGGACGGUUGCAGGUGGAAAUAAGCCGAGUAGCCGGGACCUUCCCGCAGGAUCGUAUGUGUGAGUCGGCGUCAGAGAGUUCAGGCGACAGUCACGAGGACGAUGAGGAUUCGCCCGAUACACCAUCACCGCCACCACCGACCAACAGCAAUCAGAUCAGCUGUAGAAUCAGCAUCAAGCAAGCGUCUGGACUGCCGCUCUAUCUGUCCAACUUUGUGUUCUGUCAGUACUCGUUCUGGAACCACGAGGUGGCGGUAGUGCCGGCCACCAAUCAAGAGGUCGCGGGGCACAACCAAAACAUAACGUUCAAGUUCGAUCACGAAGCGGACUACGUGGUGACAAUGAACGAAGAGUUUAUGGAGCACUGCACCGAUGGUGCCCUCUCGAUUGAGGUGUGGGGCCAUCGGUCGGUCGGAUUUUCGCGCAUGAAGGACUGGGAGGUUGAGCAGCAACAGGCAAAGGCACGUUCGCUGGCCGAUCGUUGGGCUGAACUGUCACGCAAGAUCGAACUGUGGGUCGAGAUUCAUGAGCUGAACGAUAAUGGUGAUUGGGCUCCGGUUGAGGUUCAGUGCGCUCGCGACAUGCUGACCGGUGGAGUGUAUCAGCUACGCCAAGGAUUCCAACGACGUGUCAUGGUGCGUGUGAAGCCGGUGCAAAACUCUGGGACUUUGCCUAUCAUCUGCCAGUCGAUCAUCAACGUGUCGAUGGGAUGUGUAACCGUUCGCUCAAAGCUACAGAAACCUAUGGACUCGUAUCAGGAGGAAGAUCUUACCGUGUUACGGGACAAAUGGAGUGAAGCGCUUGGGCGGCGGCGUCAGUAUCUUGACCAGCAGAUACAGCGGCUCAUCAACAAAGACGAUAAGACGGAGCAGGAGAAGGAGCGUGAGCAGAGUUUGGUGAAUCAGUGGGUUUCACUGACGGAAGAGCGAAAUGCGGUAUUGGUACCGGCUCCUGGGUCAGGAAUUCCUGGUGCACCUGCGUCCUGGGAUCCACCGCUCGGCAUGGAACCACACGUUCCUGUUCUGUUUCUCGAUCUCAACGCGGACGACCUUUCGACGCAGGGUCUUUCGAACGACGAGGUCCCGCUCGCUGGUUUGAACUCGAUCUUGCCUAAAGAGCAUGGCAACAAGUUCUACAAUUUGCAGAUAAUCCAACAUCUGGAUAAGGAUAUCUGCGCCAUCUGUAGCUGGGACUCGUCGAUUCACGACUGUCCGGCACUGAACCGCAUCACGGAAGCGAAUGAACGGGUUUACCUGAUUCUGAAGACGACGGUGCGACUUUCGCAUCCGGCACCGAUGGAUUUGGUGCUGCGCAAGCGGCUUGCACUGAACAUUUACAAACGACAGAGCUUUACCGAUCGGCUGAAGAAGCUGCGCAUUGGUCGAGCGGAGUCACUGUCGUUACAGUCGGGUGUAACCUAUGAGGUAGUUUCCAACAUUCCAAAGGCCUCCGAAGAGUUGGAGGAUCGUGAGUCUUUGGCACAGAUAGCCGCCACCGGCGAUGAUUGUUCAGCAAGCGAUGGCGAAACAUACAUCGAAAAAUAUACCAAAGGAGUAUCGGCUGUGGAGAGCAUUUUGACGCUGGAUCGACUAAGGCAGAGUGUGGCCGUAAAGGAGCUGGAACAGGUGCGCGGACCGGCACUUUCUAUGCGCAAGACGGCCAGUGUGCCAAACUUCUCACAGGCCGUAAAAGAUGCCAGGGAGCUUAGUACGAGUCUCACCACCUCGAGGACAAUGAGAUUCUUCGAUGCAUCGUUCGAGUCACUGCUGAGCAUUGGACGUUCGGAGUCGUAUGCUGACCUGAAGAUGGGUCUUAACAAUGCGCAAAGUACGCGUGAGACAGCCAACAGUAGGCAAAAGAUGAAGAACAAUGGCGAGGAAUCGUCCGGAACGGGUUACGGCGCAGCUCGUCCCACAUUCCUCAAUCUGAAUAUCAAUCUGAAUUCCUUGCGACUUCAGCCAACUAAACCGUCACCAGCGGCGAGUAAGUUGGCCCAAAGGAUGACGACUCUACACGAGGAACCGUUGAUCAAGCAGAUUUGCUACGAGGAAGAAGGCGAAGAUCGGUUCAGUGAGCCGGAUUAUGCCGAUUACAACGACUUCUACGAGCAGCCAAUGGGCAAGAAACCAUCACUGUCGAAGAUGAAAUCAUCCUAUACCGUCGAAUCGUUUAUUGACAUCGAUAAGCGUAGUCAAUCGACGGCUGCCGAAGGGACGAAUGCAACGGGUGGAAAGUUUGCUGCCGGUAAAACGAAGGUGGAAUCGGCGUCUAUGGGUGGAAUCUCAUCGGCGCCGGUAUCGGGUGGUAGUGCCAGUGGUGGUAAUGGGACGAAAUAUCAAACCAUGACACCUAGCAUGAGCUCGUCUACUUCGAGUGGCUAUGGAUCGCAAGCCGUGUCGUGCAGCAACCUUACCAACGAUGACACAUACUCCAUCCGGUCACUAAGCGUCGGAGAAACUCCUGAUACUAUGUCGCCGUCCAACAGAAUGCAGGAUCAAAUCAUGUCCGCUAGCACCAAUGCCAAAUCGGAGGAGGAAUCUGUGACCUCUCCGACGACCUCAACCUCCGCCUCGGAAGCCACGCUAAUGGCGGCGAGCAUGGACAGUUACAGCAGCAGUCCAACUGCACGAGUCCCGAGUGACGCACCGAAGCGCGUCAAUCCGUUCCUGAAGGAUGCCAACAUUGAAGCGUUUGAAGACAGCAGAUCAGUUGAAUCUGCCGAUGCAACAGUGAAACAGCAGCAACAAAACGAAGAGGAUGAAGGAUUAGGCGGAGAACAAACUCAGUCUGCUGAUUCGACGACUUUGAGCGAAUCGACCCAGAUGGUAGACGAGAGUGAAGAAAGCGAUCAAAGCUCAGCAAAUACCAAACACUCCUCAGACGUGAUGGAAAGCAGCUUUUCCUCGACGCCAGGCAAGCAGGAAAUCAUUCCCGACUGGGUGGUAGUUGGCGAAUCCGUGCAAAUCAGGCCCUACAACACGAGCGGUGUGAUAGCCUUUAUCGGUGCCACUCACUUCCAAGGAGGAACUUGGAUCGGAGUGGAGCUCGAUACGCCAACUGGUAAAAAUGACGGAACCGUGCAAGGCAUCCAAUACUUUGACUGCCGUCCAAAGCAUGGCAUUUUCGUGCGCGUUGAUAAGCUGAUUCUUGACAAGCGGGGCCGUGCAAUGCGUGAGCUGAAGAAGGCUGAAAAAAUGAAAGCGGAUCUUGCUGGCGGUAAAGGAGCACAAAGACCGCUAACGGGUGGUGCUGGAAUGGCAACGAAUGGGCCACGUAAAUGAUACGCAUUCAAUCGUGGUCUCAGCAGCGCAACUCAGUGUUCGUCGAGGCCGUUCACGGGCCGGAAGCGGUAUGUACCGAAGUCUGCCACCGUUGCAGCAUUCAAUCGCGGUAAGUAAGGAAGCCGCGCCAUUUUGCGC